AACCGCGUCCUCCAAACCGUUCUAGAGAAACACACAAAGCCCAAUCCCAAUCCCAAUCCCAAUCUCAAUAUAUUCCCCCUCACUCCAUUAAUAAAUUCCAUCACAACACAAACUUCUUCAACUUUCACUCAACCUAACCCAAAAACCACACCCUUAUUUUUUCUCUUCUUUUCUUCUUUCUCUCUUAUAAAAUACACACCGGAGUUCCAAUCUGGUGUAUCACCUAUGCACCAUGAAGAUCUUCAACCCUUCUGAAUCCUUUCUCCGAAACGUUGUGUGUCCCUCGGACACUAUAUUCCUCAAAGGAAUGAACCUCUCCAAUCUUCACCACUCCACAUUCUCCCUCCUCUCUUGGCCAUACAAUUAGCCUUCACAACCACUAAUCUUACUAACUUUCUUUCUUUUCCUUUUCUCUCUCUGGAAUCUUCCUCCCAUGGAUCUGAAAAACGAGAUGGAGAUCAAGUUGUCGAACAGCGCUAGGACGGUGAUAUUCGAGAAGUACGAGAUGGGACGCGUGUUAGGUCAGGGGAAUUUUGCGAAGGUAUACUACGGUAGGAACCUAGCGACGAAUGAAAGUGUGGCGAUUAAGGUGAUAAAGAAGGAUAAGCUGAAGAAGGAGAGGCUGAUAGAGCAGAUUAAGAGAGAGGUUUCGGUUAUGAGGCUGGUGAGGCAUCCGAACAUAGUGGAGCUGAAGGAAGUCAUGGCCACGAAGGGGAAGAUAUUCUUGGUUAUGGAGUAUGUUAAGGGAGGGGAAUUGUUCAAGAAAGUGGAGAAAGGGAAGCUCAAGGAAGAUGUAGCUAGAAAGUAUUUUCAGCAGUUGAUCUCGGCCGUUGAUUUCUGCCAUAGCCGCGGCGUCACUCACAGAGAUCUCAAGCCGGAGAAUCUGCUUCUUGAUGAGAAUGAAGAGCUUAAGGUCUCCGAUUUUGGCCUCUCUGCUUUGCCGGAACAACGCCGUGCAGAUGGUAUGCUGAUAACACCGUGUGGAACACCUGCAUAUGUGGCACCAGAAGUGUUGAAGAAGAAAGGGUAUGAUGGAUCCAAAGCAGAUAUAUGGUCUUGUGGAGUGAUUCUUUAUGCUCUGGUUUGUGGCUAUCUACCCUUCCAAGGCGAAAACGUGAUGAGAAUCUACAGAAAAGCCUUCAAGGCUCAAUAUGAAUUCCCUGAUUGGGUUCCGGAAGGAGCAAAGAACUUGAUCUCAAACCUCCUUGUAGCUGAUCCUGAAAAGAGGUUCUCAAUUGCAGAUAUCAUGAAGGAUCCUUGGUUCCAAAUCGGCUUCAUGCGCCCGAUUGCAUUCUCCUUUAAGGAGUCUGCCAUCGAGGACAAUGUGGAUGACUUCGAUGAGGAUGAUAGUGAUAAUAAUAACAAUCAAGAGUUUAACAAGGAUGAUUUGAAGCAGAGUAGUUCUGCUAAGCCUGCGCGGCCGUUUUACAAUGCUUUCGAGAUAAUUUCCUCGCUGUCGCACGGUUUUGAUCUGAGGAGUUUGUUUGAGACAAGGAAGAGGUCACCUUCAGUGUUUAUAUCGAAGCUUUCGGCUCAAGCAGUGGUGGGGAAGCUAGAGGCUAUGGCGAAGAAAUUGAAUUUCAGAGUGGCAGGGAAGAAGAAGAAGGAGUUUGUUGUGAGGAUGGAAGGGGAGAGGGAAGGGAGGAAAGGGAGGCUGGCCAUGACGGUGGAAGUGUUCGAGGUGGCGCCGGAGGUGGCGGUGGUGGAGUUCUCGAAGUCUUCUGGGGAUACCUUGGAGUAUAUCAAAUUCUGUGAGGAAGAAGUUAGGCCUUCAUUGAAUGACAUUGUUUGGAGUUGGCAGGGAGAUGGUAACAACUAAUAAUACUAGUCAUGCCUUUGGGAUUAUUUUGCCUAUGUUCUUCUUCCUUUUACAGUUUGUUGCAGCUAUAAUAAUAUAGUUUGAUUUGCAUAUUAAGUAAAAGAAAAGGAAGAUACUAGGAAAAAAAUAAUGCUGUAUUUUGAUUUAAGUUACAGGAUUUCAUUUCAUUUGUGUAAAAAAUUUGAGUUUAGUUUCUGAUGAUGUUUGAAGUUAAUACUGAAAAGUCAUCCCCAACAUAUAGCUUUGUUCUUCA